AUGGCACUUCCACCAUUUACACAGGCAUCAUUUUCAUCGUCUGAUGUUGAAGAGGAUGAACAUGAAGAAGGUGAAUACAAAGAAACCGAAGAAUAUGAAGAAGAAUAUCUUAAAUUUAUUUCAAAAAAUCCUUCGAUCAAACUAUCAUCGCCAUCACCAAAAUUGCUUGUUUUAGAUUUAAAUGGGACAUUAGUUUAUCGAAAAAAAAGUCAAAGAUCAAAAAUAACUAGAGUAGUACUUCGACCAUAUAUAAGUGAAUUCAUUAAGUAUGUUCUUUUUUCUGGCAAUUUUUUGGUUAUGACUUGGUCAUCUGCUAGACCUGAAAAUGUUGAUUUAAUGGUCGAAGAAGCUUUUGGCGAUUUCCGUAAACAUUUAUUGGCUGUUUGGGGUAGAGAUACAUUUGGUAUGACUGAACAAGAAUACCUUUCAAAAACCGAAACCAUUAAAGAUCUAAGGAAAGUUUGGGAUAAAUUGAAUAAUAAUAAUCAUAAAGGAUAUUUUAAAUUUGAUCAAACUAAUACAAUAAUAAUUGAUGAUUCAAGUAUUAAAACUAAAUUGCAACCAUUUAAUGCAAUAGUUGUAAAAAAUUUUGACAAUAAAUUAUCAAACCUUGGAACUGAUAUGGAAUUGAGAAAUACUAUUAAAUAUUUAGAAACUUUAAAAUGUCAAAGUAAUAUAAGUUCUUACAUCAAAUCAACCCCUUAUAAUGGUCAGUGA